UUUUUCUGUGUUUUUGUUUUGUUUUGUUUUUGCAGUUUGGGGAAGAUGAUUACAGCUAAACCAGGGAAAACACCGAUUCAGGUAUUGCACGAAUACGGCAUGAAGACCAAGAACAUCCCGGUUUAUGAAUGUGAAAGAUCCGAUAUGCAAAUACACGUGCCCACUUUCACCUUCAGAGUAACCGUUGGUGACAUAACCUGCACAGGUGAAGGUACAAGUAAGAAGCUGGCGAAACAUAGAGCUGCAGAGGCUGCCAUAAACAUUUUGAAAGCCAAUGCAAGUAUUUGCUUUGCAGUUCCUGACCCCUUAAUGCCUGACCCUUCCAAGCAACCAAAGAACCAGCUUAAUCCUAUUGGCUCAUUACAGAAUUCAGAUUCAAAGCCUCAGAAGCAGCUACAAGAAGGCCAUUUGAGAGACAAAUUAUACUUGAAGUACAGCAACUCUAAGCCUGGAGAAAUUCCACAUAAUUCUCAGUUUAUAGAAAAUUGUAAGCAGGAAGUAAACAAUGGAAAAGGGGCAUCAAAAAAACAAGCCAAGAGAAAUGCUGCUGAGAAAUUUCUUGCCAAAUUCAGUAACAUUUCUCCAGAGAACCACAUUUCUUUAACAAACGUAGUAGGACAUUCCUUAGGAUGCACUUGGCAUUCCUUGAGGAAUUCUCCUGGUGAAAAGAUCAACCUACUGAAAAGAAGCCUCCUCAGUAUUCCCAAUACGAAUUACAUCCAGCUGCUCAGUGAAAUCGCCAAGGAACAGGGUUUUAAUAUAACAUAUUUGGAUAUAGAAGAACUGAGUGCCAACGGACAGUAUCAGUGCCUCGCGGAACUGUCCACCAGUCCUAUCACAGUCUGCCACGGCUCUGGGAUCUCCUGCAGCAAUGCACAGAGUGAUGCUGCCCACAAUGCUUUGCAGUACUUAAAGAUAAUAGCAGAAAGAAAGUAAACGUGAAACAACCUAGGAAACCCUGCGGCAGCACAUAACACGUCCCUCUCUCACCCCUUCCCAAGUAACACAUUUACUGUAAUGUUUGAGUUUGUGUGUUGUUUCUAAAUCUCUUUCAUAGAUUCCAUCAACACUACAGAUUUCAUUAUCUCCUAGUUGUUAUUAACUCUUUUUAAUGGCUUCAACUUUGUAUUGGUAUACUGUAUUUAUAAACUUUGUACCACAGGCAGAGUGUAGCACCCAUUUGGCAAUGCCAUGUACAUAGGAGGAAGAAACUGCAUGUGUAUUGAUGAUGAUGAAGAUGAUGAAAUAAAACUGCUAACAACAGUCUUUC